UUCGAACCCGCGUCAGCUGAUGGAGGUAAACAACGUGGACAGGCCAGCAGAAAAUUAUUGAAGGGCUAAGUGAGGAAAGACGGGUUAAAAAGGUGAUGGCGGAGGACAGAGCAACAUCUACAUAGUAAAAGGAAAUAGCCAGAUGGAAGAGGAGAGAAAAUCUUGAAAAUGACCGGAACAUAAAUGGUAGUUAGAGAAAUCAAGGAAUGUAUCGCCAACAAUGGAAAAAUGGUAAACAGGAACAGCAUAAAAAAUAACGUUGAAAUGGUUUACAAGAGGAAACAAAAGCCUGAAAGAGUAAACUGGUAUCGGGGAGACUGGGGAAGUAAGCUGUUAUUCAAAGCAAGGACAGGAACACUGGAAGUAAAGGGAAGAAGCAGAGAAGAUCAGGACCAAAAUUGCAGCUAUUGUCUAGGGAAGGAAACCAUAUAGAGCACCUGAUAGUGGCAUGUAACAGGUAUGAAGAGGAGACGCAAAGGUUGAUAGCAUCCGUGGUUGAGAUUAAUGGGGCAGAGGAUUGGAAUAACAAAUUGGAGGAGGAAGACGGGAGAAUAAGUAUGUACUGUGUUAGGACUGUAUGGCUGUAAGGAGGAAGCAGUGAAGUUACUAUAGUACCGUUCAAAAAAAUGUCUGGCACAGUGUUAGGAAAAAGAACUCAGAAAUAAAAGAGAAAUAAAAAGUAAGUAUAACAGUGGAAGACAUACAAAAGGGCAGAAGAGAGAAAUGCAUAAGGAAAAGUCCAAAGUAAGCUAAAGUGAAGAAAACAAAGGAAAAUAAAAUAGAAAAGCAAAGUCAGUGGAAGCAAUUAAAGUGUACAGAAAAACAGCUCAGUGCAGGGUGGAGUGCAUAAGUGUGCGCAGUGAAGUAACUAAGAGUGCAUAGUGAAGUAUAUAAGUACAAAGAAGUAUAUACCAAGGAGGACCUAACAAGCGAUCGAUCGAUACAAAGCGGAACAGCUCAAAAGAAGGCAGCGGGCCGUGGCAACUUUGGAUGGAGUAAUAACACAACGACUGCUGCUAUGUGUCACUCUCUCAAAAACUGACUUUUGGAUGAUUACAGAAACAUGUCAGUGAACACACUGGGUAAAGAAAGACACAUUCUACAUAUAUAAUUGUGCGAAUGUGAUGAGACUGUCGGAUGGCAUGAGUUAGUGCAGCAAGCAAGUGCUAUAUUCAGAGUUAUUUUUGUUCCGUGCUGCGGAGCCUGACUUGAAGGCGGAGCUUCGAGGCCCAGCACGCCAGGACGCCACAACGCUGCCAGUGCCAGUGCCAGUCCGUGGUGGAAAUAACUCCGUGUGGAAGUGCCCUCCGCGUCCCCCGCACAGUGCUCCUCGGAAAGAUUAGCGACACGUGACAGAUAACACAAUCGUUUGAGUUGCGCCACAGCCUUCAAGUCUUUAGAGUGCCGUGAGCGUGCUAGUCAGCCGCCUCCAGAUGCAGCAUAGGUAAUGACUUCAGGGCUGAUGGUAGAAUGACACUGGCUGUUGGAGGCGUGCCCUCUGCCCAGCCAUCUGCCGCCCCCAGCACCCCCUCGGCGCGCCCCCCAACCCCGCCUCUCCGGCACCAUCCUCGUAGACACGUUUUGAUCCCCAAGGUUCCUCCACUCCCCCACACUUAUUUUUCCAUGGAUGCAGACCCUACCUCCUUGUCCUCUCACUUGUCCGCCUCUCCCGAAGUCUUUUCGAGCUCCUCACCUUCCCCCCCUCCUCCCCCACCCUCAUAUCUCAUCUCAGAAUUCCCUCCUGCUGACCUUCCUCCUCCUCCCCCUCUGGCACUGUGGCAGGACAUGGCCUCUCGCCGCUACAUGUGUUGCUAUGACCCUCCGUCCCCAGAGAUUAAAUCAGAGUAUGACCCGCAGCUCCCUCCUGGUUUCUUUUCUGCACCUGACGUCUUCCCGUCGUCUCCUCCACCUCCACCUGUUCCCCCUCCCCCUAGGCCUUCCCCUCCCCCUCCCCCAACACCACCUGUCCGACGGCCAUCUGGGGACACGUCUCAUGCGCAUAAUGCCGCCACCUUUGUUACUGCAAUGGAUCAGCCUGAGUCAGUGAUGGAGUCUGAAAGCUAUGGGGAAGAAGCCUUCGAAACUUCUUCUACAACUAGUUUGAUGUCAUCAUCAACACUGACAGCAACGUAUUAUCAGACACCAGAAUCGGCCACAUCUCCGCUGCCUCCGCACGCCCUUCGCGUGUCGCCGAUCUCUACCGACGCUGUUACUACAUCCUCUCGAAUAGACAAUGAUAGCCUGACACCUUCUAGUGAUAUCUCAUCGAUUCCAAGUGCUUUCAGCAUCAAUCAGGAAUACUUUAUGGAAACAAGUACUUCAAACUUUGCUCCACAAGCGUCGGUAAUUACUGAUGCCAAGUAUGAUGUUGAGUCGCCUAGUUUGUCAGUUUUUUCCCUUGUCACGGAUUCGAAGCUUGAGCAGUGCGAGUCUUCAACGCGAGCAGUAGAAAUAUAUACACGAAAGGAAUCAUUCAAGAAUGAAAGCGAAAGUGGCAGUUCAGUACCAAGUAUUAUUUCUUGCACUACCAAUGACACUGCUGGACCAGCUGUGAUGUCGUCGCCACUCUCCACAGAUGUUCCAUCAUUACCCUCACUUCCAUCAGAUCCGGAUUCAGCAUCUUCUGGCUUUGGGUCACUCACAACAGACACAUGGUCACUUUCAACAGAAGUUGAUUCCCAGACUGGAGACGAAUCUUCAGUAAGAACAAAAAUCUCCGGCUCUUCGCCUUCAGAAGCCGUUUACGCUACAGCCGAAAGUGGGAUGACAUCUCCGGCCUUCACGGGCUCCUGCACCAUCACGCCCAUGCCAACAGACUACCUCUCACCUCACUCCCGCAGUCCUACCCUGACACCCUCGGCUUCACCUAUUCCUUCUUCUCCCCUACCUUACUUCGAGGCUGUUCAGCUCCCACAUAAAACCCAAUGCCCCUCAGGUCCAGAGGACAUCACGAACAAAGAGGCUGCUUCACCAGAAGCCUUGCAGCUAAACGUGAAAGGAGUGUCGUCAGUUUCACGAGAACCCUUGCAAACAGUCGAUGGAGGAGUGACAGCAGCAUCACCUGAACACUUGCAAACAGCUGAUGAAAUAACUUCAGCCCCACUGGAACCCAUGCAAUUAGCUGAUGAAGGAGUAACAUCUGCAUCACCAGAAACAUUGCAGGCAGCUGUUGAAGGAAUUACAUCAGUACCACCAGAACAGUUUCAAGCAGCAGAUGGAGUAACAUCAACACCACCACCUAAUUUUCUAACAAAACAGCCAGACCCUUUUGCUCACAGCUCCAGCUAUAGGUUCAAUCAACUUGCUCAGGGGCAUAGCUCCCCCACCCCAAACACAGACAUCUCUCAGUCUUCCAUAUCACAAGUUAAUGAACAACGCACAAGCCAAAGCAAACCACCAAGUGGGUUUGUUUCACCUCACAGACACACAGAGACAGCUUCGCUGACACCCUCGCAGCUGAACAAUGGAUCUGUGUUGUCAGCCUCACAGGAACCCUUGCAAACAGCCAAUGGAGGAGUCACAUCAGCACCAUCAGAACAGCAAACAAUUGAUGAAGUAACAGAGGAAAGUUCCAGUAGUAUUGAGCUUAUAGACAGGGUGCCAUCAAGUCCAGUUAUCAGCUAUUUGUCUGAAAGAGUUAAUGAUGAAAUAAAGAUAAGUUCUGGAAUGCCUCCCAUCCCAGUCUCAGUAAGCAAUGGAAGAUUCUGUGAACAAAUAACUGAGCCACAGAGUAAUGUUGUGAUAGGAAAGGAAGAAGAACAGAAUGCAGGAAUCACUAAUGAAAGUGAAAAGAGAGAAUCAAUAUAUGAAAAUGAAGGUACAGGCUAUGUAGAGGAGGGAGCUAAUUUUGUGGAGGAAUGCAGAGAAAAUGUUUACAGCCAAGUGGUGAGAGAUGUGAAUGGAAAUAUUAGUUACUUAGGGUUGAGGGAUGGGGGUGAAGUACGACUAGAGAAUGGGGAAGAAGCAAGAGAGAGCAGAUCAGAAGUACAGAAUGAGACAGACACACAAACCAUGAAGUCUCUACCUGUUGACACCAUCCAUCCCACUGAGGGGACACUUGAGAGACAGAUUGAAAGCCAUGGGAACAUUUCUCCAGAAGACUUGACACCCCUGCUUUCCCCAGUAUCAUCCCUGACUUGUUCUCAUAUCAGUGGCAGUGUAGUUUCAUCCCUUCUUGACACGAGACAACGUGAGACUUCACACAAUCUCAUCUCUCUCCAUCCCGAGCAAUUUCCCCCUAGCUGUAAUGAGAGGGGCAACCUAUUCCUAUGCAAUGAGACAUUAUCACCUUUAUCACAGUGCAGCCUGGUGUCCCCAAAACCAAGGCCUCAAAGGGCAGCUCAAGUGUCCAGCACAUCUAAAGAUGCUAUAGAUGUGCUUGAUGCUGUUGUUGUUACUUUAAAAAAUCUCUCAGCUGGUCUUCCAAUGUCCCAAGCCCUGAUAGCUCCAGAAGUUUUGUCUUCAGAAUCAGAACCAGUCACAGAGCUGAGAGAGGCUGAUCAACCUCUAACCCAAGAGGCUGAGGCAUGUGGAAAACUUCCCAAUGGAGAGCACCAGUCCCAGGAUAGAGACACUGAGGAACUGAAUGUGGCAGCCUGCAAACCUCCACUGUGUCCUACAUCACAUGACUUGCUUCCACAUCCUACACCCUUAUCACCAACCCUACUGUCACAUUCCUCUAUCUCUACAUCCUCACUGCUGAAUGUGGGUGUGAGUGCAUCUCAUGGUGAGCAAUCCCAGUGUGUAUCUUCCCAGAGUCCCUCACCAACUACUAACAUCAUACAUCCUGCCAGCAGUGUAGCUCCCUCAUCCUGGAACAUGUCUCACACAGACCCUGAAUACCUCCAUUCAUCACACAGCCUUAAUGACCAUGUUAACACAUCAGCACUUAUGAAAGGCGCCAUAGAAGUUUCCUCUGAAGAGGGAGCACAUUUUCAUUCCUGCCUGACAGACUUUCAGGACAGUUUGCCAAUGGUGUGCAAGAUGCCUUCUCCUUCAUUGUAUUCUUCUCCUCAAACCGGCAGCCUCCUGGAUGGUCAGCCUUCAUCCUCGCCAGCACCCUGCUCCAGGACCCCUCCCCCUCCCCCCCCUCGCUCCUGCCACAACACUCCCAGGACAUCCUUGGCACCCCCGUUACCCCCGCCACGGCAAUAUAUGCUCGUGCCCAUUAACCAGCCUCUUGGAGCGUUGCAGCGAGCUAGCCCUCCACUUGCACCACCCAGAUCCACAUCUGUCCAUAGGGCCUCACCUCCACCCCCUCCCCGUCCCUCUGCCCCUCACCUACCACUUCCAGUAGAGGAGUGGAGCGAGGGACCUCCAUUGCCUCCACCCCCCGUGUUGUCCUCCCACACCACACCACCACAACAUGCACUCACUCCAGUGCCAGAGGAGUCCUCAACUCCACAGUCACCUGUACACUCCAGAAGUCCCCAGCUAAGUUCCCCUGUAAGUGAUGGAACUCCUCCAACAGUGAUCCCACUAUCAGAUCCACUGCCUUCCUAUACGCUGCCACCAAAGCACUCACCUUCCCCCUCCUGUAGCAGUGAUGAACCUCCUGCCCUCCCACCUCCUCCAGAGGAUGAGCAAGAUGAGGAAGAACUACCACCCCCACCUCCUCCCCCUCCUCCUAUAGAGUCUGAAGAUGAGGUUGCUCCUCCACUCCCUCUUCCUCCUCCUCCUCCAGAUGUACUGCUUAGUCCUCCCUCUCCCCUUUCUCCUUUACAAGGCAAGGUUGAGCCAUCCACUCCUCUCAGUCUCACUCAAACGCCUGCCCUUCCUGAUUUGUGCAUGGCUAACUCACAUAAUGACCAAAGUAGUGCUCCUUCCUCAGACCCUGACCUGCCGCCAACUGCAGUAGAUGACAUAGCUAUCCUGCCGUCAACUAAGCACCCCAACAUCACUGCCUCACAAAAGCCUCCAAUGCCAAACUCACGAGCAGUAGAUGCCUCUGCGGCCCCUCCCCCGCCCCCCAUUCCAGGUGCCCCGCAUGCUCCUCCAUCCUCCCAGCCAGAGCCUCCUUGUGCCCCACCUCCAGGACCUAACACUGGAGAAGCGACCAAACCCUCCCUCAUCACCACAUCACCAUACGGGAAGAUGGUGGUGGUACGCUCUGACCUGCCCCUCCCAAGCCCUGAGGAGGAGGUGAGGAUUGCCUUCACGGCAGCCAAGGAUUGGGGUUUCCUAACGGAGGGCGAGGACACCCUCUCGGUGUACACCCAGCUGCGACCAGUCAUCCAGCAGGGACCUCAGUGUGGGCUGGUGGCACUGAGCAUGGCUUCACAAGUGUUCCCGCAGACAGUGGAAGUGGAGGAACUGCUGGCGGCAGGGCGGGCACAAGGCAUCACUCAGCACGGUGAGAUGUUCAGUGCAACAAAGCUGGCAAGGCUGGCAGAGAAAACAGUAUCAGGGCUGCAGGCAGAGGUGAGGCGGGAUGUACUAAGCAGCCCUGCCACCCUCCUUCAGCUGCUACUACAGGGUGAUCUUGUGCUGGUCCCGUACGAUGCGGAGAGAAACCAUCAGCCAGGCCUGAAGGGAGGGCACAAGGCCCACUGGGGAGUAGUGUGUGGGUGUCUGAUUCAAAGCCCUGCCCUCACUUACCCCACUACAUCUGCCAAACUAGAUUCCCACGUGGAUCAGUUAUGGCAUCUGCGACCUCGCAGCAGGGCAGGACGGAGCAGGAGUGUUACCCCUUGUACUCCCACACUACCAGGCUGUUCCAGGACAGGGCAGCGAAGCCUCAGGACACCGGAUGGAGCAAGUGGUAGAGAAGGAACACCUUUCAGCGUGAGCUGCAGUCGUGUUAACACACCAAUGUUGGUUGAUUUGCGGAAUGAUGAGGAGCUGAAAUUAGUGCCACUGUGGCGACAAGGCAAGAGUCGCAAGGUGGUGGCAGCACCUUUGGACCAACUAUGUGAAAGUAAUGACCAGCUAAUCUCCUACCCCUCCCCUUCCACCCCACAUGAAGCAGAGUUUGUGGUCGAGUCUGUCCAGGAUGGGCUGGCAGGUCAAGUGGUGGUGUUACACAAAACCAAAGUGGCACUGUCAGACCUUGUAGGCCUCCUGCAAGAUAAGUAAUUUUGUUGACAUUUAACCUCACUACAAACAUGAUAACCUUUACAAUGUUCUCUGUACUGAAAAAGCCUAUCUGAAGUCUUCCAUGUUCACUAGAUAGUUAUUACAGUCUGUGCACUCCUGUGUGACCUGAAGAUAAAAAAAUAACACAUGGUUGACUGCCUUACUGUUCAUCUAAUGACUAAUAUGCUUUCCAGCAUCACUGAUAAAAUUUUGCUUUUG